CUCUCUCUCUUCUCGACGGCAUCCCUCACCCACCACAGCGUCGGCGGGCCCAGCGGGGGAGACUUUUUCAUCCGCGCGCGAGGGGGACAGCGCGGACGCCGUCGUUUGCUCGUGCCGCCAUCACUCGCCUCCUCUCUGAGGAUCUCUCUGUUCCGUCGCUUCUUAAAACCGUCGAUAGCAACACCAGCGCCUGCAUCGCGUGGUAUUAUUCCACUCGCCAGUCCAAUCCGUCUCCUACUCGAUUUCUCCCAACCAUAUAUUAUUCUGGUCGCCUGCACGGGUCGGACUUUUUUUUUGCGGAUAUUCUUUUAUUUCUUAUGCCUAUAUAAACAGAAGCCAACCAGCCACCGAAACAGGGGGUCGAGGGUGAAGAUACGUGCAAAAGACCAGCCUGGAAGCAUCAAAAAUAGACAAACCGUAGACGCAGAUAGAUAGCAAACGGGAUCCUGCCCCCUUUCGAUCAAUCUAUCUAUCUGUUCAUCAUCCCCUUUCCGGAGUCUCUUAUAGAUUCAACUUCCAGGAGGGGUCCAGGAUGGGCGACGGAGGAGCGGGUAGCGCCCCGAUCCAGCAUCCGGCCGACGGGCAAAGCCCGAGCCGGCGGCUGCCGGACUUCCUCCAGAGCGUAAAUCUGAAGUAUGUGAAAUUAGGGUAUCAUUAUCUGAUCACCCACCUGCUGACCUUGCUUUUGAUUCCAUUGAUGGCGAUGAUCCUUGUGGAGGCGGGGCGCGCCGAUAUCCGGCAGCUGUGGGUCCACCUCCAGUACAACCUGGUGAGCGUCGUGGUGUGCUCCACCUUCCUCGUCUUCGGUAGCACCCUCUACAUCAUGACGCGGCCCCGCCCGGUGUACCUCGUCGACUACGCCUGCUACCGCCCGCCGGACCGCCUCCAGGUCCCCUACCGCAGGUUCAUGGAGCGCUCCCGCCUCUGCGGCGGAUUCAACGACGACGCCCUCGAGUUCCAGCGCAAGGUCCUCGAGCGCUCCGGCCUCGGCGAGGAGACUCAUCUCCCCGAGGCCCUGCACUUCUUGCCGCCCUGCCCCUCCAUGGCCUACGCCCGCGAGGAGGCCCAGCAGAUCAUGUUCAGCUCCCUCGAUGCCCUCUUCCGCAACACCGGCAUCAAGCCCAGGGACAUCAGCAUCCUCGUCGUCAACUGCAGCCUCUUCAACCCCACCCCUUCCCUCUCCGCCAUGAUCGUCAACCACUACAAGCUCCGCAGCAACAUCAAGAGCUUCAACCUCGGCGGCAUGGGCUGCAGCGCCGGCGUCAUCGCUGUCGACCUCGCCCGCGACCUCCUCCAGGUCCGCCGCAACACCUACGCCGUCGUCGUCAGCGCCGAGAACAUCACCCAGAACUGGUAUUGCGGCAACCGCAAGUCCAUGCUCAUCCCCAACUGCCUAUUCCGUGUCGGCGGCGCCGCGGUGCUCCUCUCCAACCGCUCCACCGACCGCCGCCGCUCCAAGUACAGGCUCGUCCACGUCGUGCGCACCCACCGCGGCGCCGACGACAAGGCCUUCCAGUGCGUCUACCAAGAGCAGGAUGACGACGGCAAGGUCGGCGUCUCGCUCUCCAAGGAUCUCAUGGCCAUUGCUGGAGGGGCGCUCAAGACCAACAUCACCACGCUCGGCCCCCUGGUGCUCCCCAUCAGCGAGCAGCUCCUCUUCUUUGCAACCCUCGUCGCCAAGAAGCUCUUCAAUGCCAAGAUCAAGCCCUACAUCCCGGAUUUCAAGCUCGCGUUCGACCACUUCUGCAUCCACGCCGGGGGCCGCGCUGUGAUCGAUGAGCUCGAGAAGAACCUGCAGCUCCUGCCUGUCCAUGUGGAACCCUCUCGGAUGACCCUGCACCGGUUUGGCAACACAUCCUCCAGCUCCAUUUGGUAUGAACUCGCCUACACCGAGGCCAAGGGGCGGAUUCGGAGGGGCCACCGGGUAUGGCAGAUCGCGUUCGGGAGCGGCUUCAAGUGCAACAGUGCAGUGUGGCAGGCUCUUCGCAACGUGAAACCUUCUCCCAACAGUCCAUGGGAGGACUGCAUCGAUAGAUACCCUGUGCACUUAGUUGAUGGAAUUCCUUCUUUACAGCCUCAGAAAUAAUGGUGGCUGCAUCGAAAAUUAGGCUGAUUGGGGGGGGG